AUGCGUGCUGCCAUCGCUUCCCUCGUCCUCGCUGCUCUCAGCGCGUCUGCUGCCCCCAGCCUGACCCUGUCUGUCUCCUCCCCCGAUGAUGUUGUUGACGUCGACAACCUCAAGGUCAAGACCAUCCUGAAGAACACUGGUGACGAGUCCGUCAAGCUCCUCAAGACUCCCGAGUCUGUUAUCUCGACGUACCAGACCAACAGCUUCGCGAUUGCCUCUGAGUCCGGUUCCGUCCCUUCCUUCACCGGCGUGAAGGUCAAGUACGCUGCGUCCAAAGUUCUCACGGAGAACAAGGAAGAGUCGUUCGUCGUUCUCGCCCCCGGUCAGACCUUCGAGGUCGAGCAUGACCUUGCUGGUGUCUACAACUUCACCAAGGGCGGUGAGGGCAAGUACAGCUUCGAUGCCAACAACCGCUUCUUCUACGUCGAUGCCGAGAACAAGCUGAAGGUGGUCGAGGCUGAAGCUGCUACCACCGCGAGCAUGGUCUCCGGCAAGCUUGCCGUCGUUGGCUCUAAGCCACAGCGCCGCAGCCUCCAAAAGCGCACCGUCACCUUCAAUGGGUGCACUUCCUCCCGCCAAACCUCCAUCACGACAGCCGCGGGCCACGCCGUGACGUACGCCAGCGAUGCCGCUUCCUACCUUGCUGGCAUCUCCGCUGCGACCACCCGCUACACCACUUGGUUCGGUGCAUACACCGCCACCCGCAAGAACACGGUGCACUCCCACUACGUGAACAUCGGCACCGACCCCACCAGCUCCGAAUACGACUGCAGCACUUGCACUGAUAGCAACGUCUACGCCUACGUGUAUCCCGAUACCCCUGCCUAUGUCUACCUUUGCGGCGCUUUCUGGGAUGCCCCCGCGACCGGCACUGACUCCAAGGCUGGCACCAUCGUCCACGAGCAGUCUCACUUCACUGUUAACGCUGGCACUGAGGACUACGAGUACGGUCAAACCGCUUGCAAGAGCCUUGCGACCUCUGACCCCGCUAAGGCCAUCGAAAACGCCGACACCCACGAGUAUUUCGCUGAGAACAACCCCUCGCUCUCAUAA